CCGGAGGUUGGGUACCAUGCGUGGCUCGGCCUGCUCGUCCCCAUGGUAGCCCCCGCAGAGCUCGCCCAUGUACCUGGACGACAGGGACCGGCUGACCGAGUUUAGCCGCAACUUCAGCGAGUCGUCUAUGUACGCAUCCUAUGUGACGGCCUGGAACAGAGUGGUCUUGUGCUACGAGGUGUCCGCGUCUGACUCGCAAGGCAGGAGCUGGGCCAUGGACAAGCUGACAAGUAUCCGCAACUUCUUCCGCCGCUUGUUCUGCCGGAACAAGGAGGUCGCCGCCGCUGCCGGACACAAUGCGGAGCCCGCCGAGUCUGCGGCGGCCGGUGGCGCUGCCAACCACACAAACGCGGCUAACAAACAUGACGAGCAGCUGGGAGAUCACAAGGAUCUCAGCGACGGCUACAACAACCAAGUUGCGAGGCCAGCGCAGCUGAAGAGUCCCUUCACGCACAGUCUGAAGUGUGGACAAUUCUAGUUUCAGACGGCAUUGCUUUCAAAGCAAUAUGCCAUUUGUAUCGCGUCAUGCCGCGCGUUGUGCCUGCAGACCACAAGUUUGAACUGCCGCCGCUGCGACUACCUACAGCCGUGUGUAGAUGGCGCGGCAUGUCCAAUAAAAAUCGCAGCUUCUA